AUGCAACUCCAGAACAUCCUGAGUGUCUUUGCGCUUGUGUCAAUGGCACAGGCUGCACCUACCCAAGCUGAAGAGGCCUCGUCUGUCCACCCGCGUGACGUGCAGACUUGCAGGGCCCCUGGCGCCCAUAAAUGUGCAGUCAUUGUCUGGGCUAGUCUGUCAACAUUUGGUAUUCCCGGAAGUACUGUCGGCGGUUCUGGAGUUAAUGUUGUUGAUGGAGCCUGUGGUACCAUCAUUGCUGCCGGCAAGCUUCAGCGCAACAGCCCAGGUUUCAGCGCCGACUUCACCACCGCCUAUGGGCCUCACUUGUACUUUGGCGCCAACAGCAUUGGUAUUCGAAACAUCGGUGGUGUCAGGUACCAGUACAAUGGCAAGAGUUAUACACAGGGAAAUUGCUUCAGUACUGCUGGUACAAGCGGACUCAUGGCUGUCGAUGCUAUCCAGUGCAACUUCGAUUGUUAA